CGGACAGAGAAAGUUUGUCAACAAUUUCUGUUGUUCUCAACCUAAGCAUCGAACAAAAUGGAGAAGACAGCUACAAAAACCGCCGAGAUGGCCUGGCUCCAGUGGUCCAGGAAAUACAAAAUCCACCCCGAGACUCUGGCCAGCACCCAGCGCAUCAUGGACCUGGGCCUCAAACCUCUGUACCAAACCACCCUCGAGGAAGCUCGGGAAAACGUCGCCAUGGAAUGCCGGGACGGCGAGGACGUGGUGCCAUUUAACGGAACCGUCAAGGAGAUGAUGAUUCCCUGCACGGAAGUCAAAACCGGAAUUCCGGUCACGGUGUACAAGCCAAGCGACUGUCCGGCUGAUCCGAUUAUUUUUAUCUACUUCCACGGUGGAGGUCUGGUUAUGGUCCAUACCAACAGCUUCGACUGCUGCAUGAAGUCCCUGGCCAAGAAAACCAAGGCCAUCAUGGUCAUCCCUGAGUACCGUCUGCUUCCCUGCACCGAGAACCCGAUGGCGCCUUUUGACGACUGCUUGGCUGUGACCAAGUGGGUCAUGAAGAACAAAGAAAAAGUCGGCGGGUCUAAAAAUAGCAAGGUCGGCCUGGGCGGGGACAGCGUUGGGGGUCAGCUGACCUGCAGCGUGCUCAACGACGUCCAGGGCGUGGCCUUCCAGGUGCUGGUGUACCCGGUCAUUGACCUCACCUGCAACCUGCCCUCGCACCAGGAGUUCAAGGAGAUCCCAGCGUUCAACACGCUGACCAUGGAGGCCAUGUUUAAGUUGUACGUGCCCCACAUCCCCGGGGCAGCCACCAACCCCAGGGUCAACCCCUCCGCCAUGAAAAACCUCCAGUCGUCUCCCCCUGCUAUGGUCAUCAUGGCCGAGCUCGACCCCCUGAGAGAUUGGGGCGUGGCCUUUGCCAAGAAGCUGCGUGACGCGGGGGUCAAGGUCAAGGAGAUGACCUACGAAGGCGUGCCUCACUGGUUCUUCAGCCGGGUCGCAGAUUACCCAACCAUGUCUGCGAAAGCGCACGAUGAAGUCGCCAAAUUCGUCACAUCCUUCCAAUAAUGCAGUGGUGGCACUAAUACCUUGUAUCACAUUGUAGGACUGUCUUAACAAAUUGUAGGACUGUCUUAACAAAUUGUAGGACUAUCUUAACAAAUGGUAGGACAAUCUUAGCAAAUUGUAGGACUUUUUCUAUAAAUUUUAAGUAAAUUGUCGUCUUAGAGAUUUUGAAAGUGUGUGAGAAUGAACAAUCUUCACAAUCUUGACGAAGUAUCUAAGAACACAAGAGCACUCAGGUAUCCAGUCUGUUCUUCCAAUAUUUACUCGGGUGUGGCAGUUCUAGCCACAGAAAUGUAUUGUC